AUGAACCGCCGCAUCAGCCAAAUCUCCAUCCAGUCGCCCUCUAUUACCCGCCGCAGCAGCUAUGCCACCUCCGUCUCCUCCGCAACCAGACAGCAACCACCCCCGAACCCAUUGAACCGCCGUCCCUCCGCCCUCUCCACCGCCGAAGCUGGCAAUGCCACGCCUCCCAUAAACCCCGCCGACCAGAUAGUCGCAGAGGAGAUUGCUGAGAUCAAGCGGUAUGAGGACUUCACCACAAUCGACUGGGUCCAAGAUGCAGCGCGCGAACAGCAAAGACGUAAAGCGCGGCGGCAGGAACGGGCGGGGUUCUUUGAUGCAGAGGGAAGGCUAGGGUGGAGGAGGAAGCUUUGGGAGGCGUAUGAUGCUGGGCAGGGGUGGAUUGUGGUCAGCUUGAUUGGAGCGGCGAUUGGGUUGAAUGCUGCGUUUCUGAACAUCGUGACGGAGUGGUUGAGUGAUAUCAAGCUGGGAUACUGCACGACGGCGUUCUAUCUGAAUGAGAGCUUCUGCUGCUGGGGCGCCGAGGAUGGCUGUGAGGAGUGGCAUGAGUGGAGUGGAUUCGGUCCAGUGAACUACUUCCUCUAUAUCGUCUUCAGCACGAUGUUUGCAUUUACCAGUGCGAGGCUGGUCAAGAGCUUUGCACCGUAUGCGGCGGGCAGUGGAAUCAGCGAGAUCAAGUGCAUUAUUGCGGGAUUCGUUAUGAAGGGCUUCCUGGGAUUCUGGACGCUUCUGAUCAAGAGCAUUGGGUUGCCGUUGGCUAUUGCAUCUGGACUGAGCGUGGGAAAGGAAGGACCAAGCGUGCACUAUGCAGUGUGUACUGGCAAUGUCAUCAGUCGAUUAUUCCACAAAUACCGGCGAAAUGCAGCAAAAACAAGAGAGAUUCUAUCAGCAUGUGCUGCUGCUGGCGUGGCAGUUGCUUUUGGGUCACCUAUUGGAGGCGUGCUGUUCAGUCUUGAAGAGAUGAGCAACUACUUUCCCCUCAAGACGAUGUGGAGAUCCUACUUCUGCGCUCUGGUGGCCACCGCUGUUCUCGCUGGAAUGAAUCCUUUCCGCACCGGCCAACUGGUCAUGUUUACCGUACGCUACGAUCGCAGCUGGCACUUCUUCGAGAUCCCCUUCUACAUCCUCAUCGGCACUUUUGGUGGUCUGUACGGUGCAUUCGUCAUGAAGUGGAACCUCCGGUACAAUGCGUUUCGAAAGCGAUUCCUCACGAAAUAUGCGAUCCUGGAGGCCACUCUACUCGCGCUCGGGACUGCGAUUGUGUGCUAUCCUAAUAUGUUCCUUCGUAUCGACAUGACCGAGAGCAUGGAGAUCUUGUUCUUGGAAUGCGAAGGCGGACACGACUACGACGAGCUCUGUGAUGUUCAGAACCGCUGGCAUAUGGUCCUCUCACUUGCCCUGGCGACCGUCCUUCGAAUCUUUCUCGUCAUCAUAUCAUACGGCUGCAAGGUCCCGGCUGGCAUUUUCGUCCCAUCAAUGGCCAUCGGUGCAUCUUUCGGCCGCAUGGUCGGUAUUCUGGUCCAGGCAUUGCAUGAGUCUUUCCCCAACGCUGCUUAUUUCUCUGCUUGCGAGCCCGACGUACCCUGCAUCACGCCUGGAACCUACGCUUUCCUGGGUGCUGGAGCUGCCUUGUCUGGAAUCAUGCACCUUACUGUCUCCGUUGUGGUUAUCAUGUUCGAACUGACUGGCGCUCUAACAUACAUUCUGCCCACCAUGAUCGUCGUGGGUGUGACGAAAGGCGUCUCUGAAAUGUUCGGCAAGGGCGGUAUCGCAGACCGCAUGAUCUGGUUCAACGGUUUUCCCUUUCUCGACAAUAAAGAAGAGCAUACAUUCGGCGUGCCUGUAUCACAGACGAUGACAACGGAUCCGACUGUGCUUCCUGCCUCUGGCCUCACCAUCUCCCAAGUAGAGCGCGCGCUCGUCUCGACCAAAUACCAAGGUUUCCCAAUCGUCGAAGACAUGGAGACGAGGAUACUGAUUGGCUACAUUGGUCGGACGGAAUUUCGAUAUGCGAUCGAUCGCGCAAGACGAGAGUCGCCUGUAUCACCCAACGCCAGAUGCUUUUUCUCCCCACAAGAAGGACCUCGAACUGCUGCUACACCAUCAGCAGCCGCUCCAGCCGUUUCCUUCGACGACAUGGAUGCCACCGCAGGAGCGAUGAGUGUAGACUUCUCUAAAUUCGUCGAUCCAACACCACUAGCCGUCCACCCUCGACUUCCCCUCGAGACCGUAAUGGAGCUCUUCAAAAAGCUCGGUCCACGAGUCAUUCUAGUGGAGCACCGAGGGCGCUUGAUGGGCCUCGUCACAGUCAAAGAUUGCCUCAAAUAUCAAUUCAGUGUCGAAGCGCACGAGAACCCACGAGAUGAGGAAGGGCAAAAGGCUGGACAGGAGAGACUGUGGGAAGUGCUCAAGCGCGCUGGCAGCUGGGUCGGAUCAAGAGUUGGGAGGGUCAGUGGUGGGAGGUUGAGACUUGGCGAUGGGCAUUCGCAGUUGAGCACGCCGCCGAGCAGUGCUGGGUUGGAUCCGAGUUCGACGGGCUUGGAUGAGGAGGGGCGAGGACCUGCUGCUGGGGGUGUGGAGUUGAGGGAUCGGAGGGAGAUGGUCUCGUAG